AUGUUCUCCAAGGCAAAGAGGUUUGAACCUAUUGGAAAGAAUCAAAAUAAACCAUCUACAAUUAAACAAGAAAGUGAUAAACGUAUUAAAGUGCCAGCAUCUGUGGUCAAACCCAAGCAGUUAAUUGCAACAGCAUCUACCAAAGUUAGCUGUGAUGUGCAGUCUCAGUGCAGCAGCUCAGCACAUAGUGUGAAGUCAUUUGCAACACCAAAACCUUUAAGACCAGUAACAACUAAUAAGGCUCCUUUUAGCUGUAAGAAAAAAAAUGAAGCAAAUGAUCCCAAAAUUAAAAAAGAAACUGAAUGUGAGAUUCUCAAAGCCCAGAAAGUGGAGAUUAGAAACAAAGAUUACACAAUUGCUGAAUAUGCCAAACAGAUAGAGGAAUACAAAAAUAAAAUAUUGUUGCUAGAAAAACAAUUACAAGAAAUAAACACUUUUAAUAAGAUAGACAAAAAGCUUUCACAACUCACUAUAGACGAAGGGAGAGUUGAUGAUGAAUUAAAACAAAAAAUAUUAGAAUUAGAACAACAAUGUGAAAUAUUUGAGCAAGAAAUAACUGAUAAACAGCUAGAACUAAGAUCAGUUGAAGAAGUUAUUACCAUCAGAGACAGCCUAUGUCAAGACUUACAACAGAAAUUGACUACUGCUGAAACAGACCUGGAGGAAACUCUCCAAAGGCUUGAAAUGGUCAAAGGUCACCAUGCUCUUGCUCUAGAAGCCAAUGAAAGCAUUAGACGUGAAUACAAAGUUGAGUUAGAAACUUUGAAAGUAAAGCUGGAAGAAGAAAAACAAGCAAUUAUUAACAAAUCUAAAGUUGAUCAAGAAACUUUGAAAUUAAAGCAUAUUAAUGUGAUAGAAAGUAUGAAAACUCAGUUGCUUAAAGAGAAAAAUGAUGCCCUUCUAGAAUUACAGCAGGAAUUAAAUAACAAAGAUAAAGAAAUGAAAGCUAAAUUGGAGCAGAUGGAAGAAGCAACUCAUGAAAAGUUACGACUUUGUGAAAUACAAUUUGAAGAGCGAAGUCAAAAUAUACACGAACAUUAUACACAACAGCUCAUAAAUCUGCAGAGUUAUGAAAAUGAAAUAAGAGAGCUUAAAUAUAAUGUUGAACUGGCUGAAGAAGGAAAAAUUAUACUUCAAAAAGAAAUAAAUAAUUUAAAAUAUGAAAAUGAUUCUUUGACCAAAGAUAAACUAAGUCUUAUAAAGGAAAGGGACGAAAUGAAAGAGGAAUCUAAAAGAAAACUUAUUGAUUUUGAAAAUGAUAUUAAUAAAUUAACAGCAGAAGUAGAUAAGGUUGUGAAAGAAAAGAAUAGGUUUGAAACAUCACUGUCUGUAACAAGAGAUAUUGUACAGGUAUUGACAAUGCGUCUGAGGGAAUCUGAUAAUGAAUUAGAAGUUUUGGAAGACAAAGUGCAAACUUUGACCAACUCAAACGAAAUCUUAGAAAGUGAACUUAAUUCAUACAAAACUAAGCUGAAUAAUACUGUUAUGGAAUGUGAUGAAUAUAAAGAGGCUUUAGUAAAUAUCUUAAAAUCGAAAGCAGCAUUAGCUAAGGAGCAUAAUCGUAUUAUGGAGCAUAAUGUUUCUUUGAUAGAAAGUUUGCAAAAUGUUGAAAAAGAAGCAUAUCGUGAACUUGGCUCUAUCAAGAAUGAACUCAUUGAGGAUGUAGAACUAUUAAAAAAGGAAUCUAGUUCCCAAAUUCAAUCCCUUCGUGAAGAGAUCGAAAAGAAACGAGUCUUGUGUGAGCUAGCAACUGAACAUGCAGGUCAGGCCACAGCUGCGGCUGAACAAUCGCGUAUGCUUCUGGCUCAGGCUGCUGCGGAAAUCAAUCGUCUUGAGGCUGAAAACCAGUGCCUACAGCAACAGAUUCAAGAUCAGCAAUCCGUAGUUGUGGAACUAUCGAUACUACGCCAAGAAAAUGAGGAAUUAACUAUGACACUAGCUAAGCAAUCUUCGAUUAUUGACAAAAUGAAGAAAGACUCUGAGCAGCAUUUCAAGCCAAAGUCGCCUUCAGUAAUGCGCAAGACGACCAAGCUUGGCAAAGAAAAUAUGCAGACAGUUAUAUCUCCUUUGCGGGAGCGUAAUCACUAA